AUGACAACUUCCAGUAAGAAAGAUACAACUCGAAGUCUUUUUAAUCUCUGGAUCCCAACUAAAGUCGUCGUCUCUGGAAAACCAAACACAUCUCCAACUGAUUAUGGGACAACAGAAAGCCCGGCAUCAGAGCCAAUUAUCCCAGGGACGGGAAAAGAUCGGCUUAGGGUUCGCUUGACUCGCAGUGGCUCCAAGAUUUUACUGUUGCUGGGCUUGCGUGGUUCAUCCAAGAGUAACAAAGGGUUUAGUGUCGACACGGAUUGUUGUGAUUCUGUACAGGCUGGCGAUGAAAGCCCAAGUCCCUCAAACUCAUCCUCCCCAAGUGAUAAUGGCGAUGAUGGCCCAGGAUAUCUCACUGCAGUAGCGUCCCCACAAAGUGAACCACUACCUGCCGCUCCUUCACUCAGUACCCCCACCGAAGGGGUUGAAACAUUGUCUGAACCCCUACCCGACCUACGACCAUCACCCGAGAGUCAAGGCGAAUUGGCUGGUAUCAACGACGUGCAGCAACAUGCCACAGGUCAGGACCGUAUGUCAACUACUGUCACUGAGCAGCCUAGCCCAACAAAUCCAAAAUUUGUUGAUCGCUUUUCGCAUAAGAUCUCACUAGCGUUUGGCCAGCCCACUGUCAUACGCCGUGCGCAUCUUCGGUCAAGACUGAGUAUCUUGCAGGUCAAUUCUCCACUAUUAGACAAUCUGAGCCAACAGAGUGAUUAUGCCAAUGAUACCUCAGACUCAUCAACCAGCCCCAGUAGUGGUGCUUCUCCUGCUGGCGGGAAGUCAACUCCACUCACUCCGCUCACGUCCGGAGGGCCGUCUCCUGCCUCGGAUAAAGACAAGCAGCAGGAUGGAAACGAAACUGCAGUGGAGCAUUGGCCCUCUCUCUCUGAGAUGAAUGAAGUUGCCAGCCAUUCAGACAUCAAUGCAAUAACCAUAUCACCGUCAAUCAAGACGGUGGAAGCGACCUCGGUGGCAAAGAUUUACUUGGAACUGUAUUUCAACUCCAUUUUCCAAAGCAGAGACCCCCGACAGAAACGUCAGCUCGAGUUGGAGCAGCAUAUAUAUGCGUUUGAGCUCACACCCGAGGAGCGGUUGAUGACGAGACACAACUGGGUCUUGCGAGAGAACGAUUAUCUACGACAGUGCCGUGUGCUCAAAUGGAGUCGAUACUGCACUCGAGGCGAAGGAGCCAUCUCUAUCGCGGGGUACAAACAUGUGAAGGUCCUGGGGAAAGGAAGCUUUGGUGUUGUGCGCCUUGUUCGAGAUGUUGGCUGUGAUUCGAAAAGCUCCCAUGAAGAUGCCCCUCUGACUCUCAAAGACAACAAUGUCCACUCCAGAUCGAAUCCUCUUGGGGCUCUAAUGUAUGCUAUAGAAGGUGCUAAACACAGUCGUCGAAGGUAUAUGACCGGCAAAAGAAAGGAGGUAUAUGCCAUGAAAGUCAUCAAAAAGGCAGAGAUGAUCCGCAACUCCCAAGAAGGCCAUAUUCGAGCGGAAAGAGACUUCCUUGUUGCCUCUGAAACAUCUCGCUGGGUUGUUCCUCUGAUUAACAGCUUUCAGGAUGCCAACAAUCUGUAUCUUGUGAUGGAUUACAUGGUUGGUGGUGACUUUUUAGGGCUACUGAUCCACAAAGAUACGCUCCACGAGGACUGGGCACGUUUUUACGUCGCCGAAAUGAUAUUGUGCAUUGAGGAGGCACAUAAACUUUGCUGGAUUCAUCGCGAUGUCAAGCCUGAUAACUUUCUCAUCUCUGCGUCGGGCCAUUUGAAAAUUUCUGAUUUCGGCCUGGCUUUUAAUGGGCAUUGGUCGCACGAUCAAGCUUAUUAUAACAGCCAUCGCUACUCCCUACUGGAGAAACUCGGCAUUGAUGUCAAGGGUGAUUCCGAAGACCAGAAGGCGGUUACCGAAGCAAAAGAGCUCGCGCCUGAAAUAAAAUUGCACAGUCUGAAUGACUAUACUCUUCAUGGACCAUCCUCGACAAGUUUGCUGGAUUGGCGAGACAACAAGGGGCGACGCAGAUUCGCAAAAAGUGUUGUUGGAACCAGUCAAUACAUGGCACCUGAGGUCAUUCGUGGUGAAAUGUAUGACGGACGAUGCGACUGGUGGAGCUUGGGUAUCAUUCUAUACGAGUGUCUAUACGGUUUCACACCCUUCGCCUGUGAAAAUCGCCACGAUACAAAGAUCAAGAUCCUUCAACACUCACGAACUCUGCAAUUCCCACGAGAGAAAUCCACGGACAAGUUAGUCUCUCAGGAUGCCAUGGACCUGAUUGCCGGGAUUCUCCAAGAGCGCGAAUAUCGCCUAUGCUCUCCCAAGUAUCAAGCCAAUGAUAUACUGAAUGGACGUCCUGUCUCAACUCAAAUUCUGUACUCCAUGGACCCGCGGUACAGAAAUAUCGCGAGCUACUACGUAUACCCUAACGAUGCAGCAGACAUCAAGAUUCAUCCGUUCUUCCGAGGUAUUCGAUGGCAAGAUCUCCACAUGUGCCAGCCACCAAUGAUCCCUAGGGUCAAGAGCUGGGAGGACACUCGAUAUUUUGACGACUGGAAGUUGCCCGGCGACGUUGCCGAGAAUGCUACUGGUACUGACCCGGAGGAUGCUGACCAAGAGCUUGACGAGAUCGCCCCUGGGAAUCAAGAAAUGAAUCCAGUGAAAGACGCUGACCCGCCAGUUGCUGAGACUACCCCACGUAUAGCACAGGAGCAGGCGAAAGACGCCGAAAGGAAAAAGGAGAGGAAGCGUCCUCGCGAUAAGAUCCUUCGAGACAAACAGAUGAGCAAGACAGUCUUGGACAUCCGCAAAAAGGGUGCUUUUCUGGGGUAUACAUACCGGCGACCCAACAACGUUGCUUUGGCUUUCAGCACAUCGCGAGGACGUCAACCGUAUGCCCGAGGUCAAUUGGCCGGCUUGUAUACAUCGUGA